UAUUUUGAUACAUAAAUCAAUAUAUAAUUGAGUGCUAUCACAAACAUAAGGUCAGCAUUAUAAUGAAAUUCGUCGCGUAUUAACAUCUAUAUUUUGAAGAGUCAAAUUACUGAUCUAAUUGCUUGCGAAAGUUUAUAUUUAUUUCUACACAAAUUAGGACAGCUGAAGAAAAUAAACUAUCUCAAUGUACAAACUAUAAGCGUCAGUUGUAAAUUCAAAACUUACACACUUGUACUAAUUGUACUGCCGAUUCCAUAAACAAGGAAUAAUGCGAAAAAAUGUGAAAUUCAAUAAAUUACGAAAAGUGAGAUGUCAAACACAGAAGUUGAUUGGCUAGUAACUUGAAUGAAAUACAUGUUACAGUAUGUAAAUAAUAACAAUCAGGGAAAUAAAGAACGCUAUUUAAGCUGAUUUGUCGUUGACUUUAUAUAACUUCUUCAGAUGAAAGAGAGAGAAAAAGCGGCGUCCAAAAACAAUAAAUCAAACAAUCUUGUGGUAUAAAAUGUAAUAUUUGGGUUGCUUUCAAAGGUAUAGUGACUAGUAUAGAUGUUUUUAAGUUUAAAGAAAGUACGACCUGUAUUCUGAAAUAUUUGUUUGAAACAGAUAGGGAAUUAUCAGAAACUAAUGAUAAUUGCAAAGAUUCACAUCCAAAAAGACAGGAAUAUUUUAAAAUUGGCAAAAUUAAUCUUUUUCUGAAAAAAUGUUCAUGACUUCUGCAAUAGCGUCACCUAUAUAAAGAGUAUUCCGUAAAUUUUUUUGUCAUUAAAUCUAUCUUGUUUCAAAUAAUAGACAAACAUAAAAGGUGAUUGAAGAACUAAGCAAUAUACAUCAACGCUAAAUUAUAUAGGAAGCUUCAUAUUUUAAAUUUUAAAAUCUUCGCAUUUUCAAUAUUAGCUUUUUUAAUCAUAAUCUAUGCCCACUCCAAUAAAAUGGUUGGUACGCAAGAACAAACUAUGAACUCUCACUCAGCAAGUAAUCUAUCGCAUAUACUCAACCACCACGACAUAACUGCAGUAAAUAAGAUAAUCACAAAUACUGUUGAAGGUACAAUUACCGAUACAUCCAGUGAAAACAAUGUUACUAAUCAUUCAACGAAUGAAGUUGUAAAUCAUAAUAGUGACGCUAUAACAGACAUCUCUCAUGCAAGAAAAACAAUCACUUAUGCAGAUACCACUGUAACCGUUAUAAAGAAACCCAACGAAAAUGUCAUCUCGAAAAUUGAUUUUUGUUCGCGGAUCCAAUCACAAAAACAAUAUAUUUAUAACUGUAGCAACAGUGAUACUUGUUACAAGCAAAAUAUUAUUCGACAAACAAAAGUGUUCCAAGAAGAUUCCACCGAUACUUUCAAUGGGUUAUCUACCCAAUUUAAAAUAUCUCUGCCUGGACAAAUGGAUAAAAACAUCAGUCCUGACGAACAACUUAGUAUUGAUAAUCAAGAAAGAGGAAAGAUUGAUGCAGUUGACAAGAGUUGGUAUUCCUCUAAAUCUCUUACGG